GCCUGGUUGAGGAGACGCACGCACGGUCGGGUCACUUUCAUUCACACAUUCACACUGAGGGGUCCUGCUGCCGCUGCACAAUCUGCCACAAAACAACAAAAACAAGCUGGGAAUGGUUUUAAUUCAGUUUCCAGCGACGUUGCACUGAGGAGACAUUUUUUGCAAUGUGGGAAGAGUUCAACCUGACGUCAGGAACAGCCGCAGAUAGAGUUCCUUCGAGGUCCCUGAGAUGGACGAGGAGGGGAAUCCACUGGAGAGGGACCACUCCCUGUAUGUGGUUCUGCCUGGGGGACAGGAGAAGAAUGCCAUGGUGCAUGGAAGUAAACCAGUGAUGGACUUACUGGUGACCCUUUGUGCGAGCUACCACCUGAAUCCCGCCGACUACACCGUUGAGGUCGUCUCGACAAACAAGAACAACAUCAGCUUCAAACCCAACUCUCCCAUUGGCUCCCUGGAGGCGGAGAGGAUUGUGCUGAAGCCCAGAGGAACGGAGGGAAAGAUCAGGACGCCGUACAUGCCGGAGGCCACCGUCCGCCUGCUGAUCAACUACAACAGGGCCCACAAGGCGGUGGUGCGAGUGAAUCCCAGAGUUCCCCUGGAGCUGCUGCUGCCGCGGGUGUGCGACAAGUGCGAGUUUCAAGUGGACACGACCGUCUUACUGAGAGACCCUCAGUCCACAGAGCCACUGGACCUGACCAAGAGCCUGGACCAACACGGCCUGAGGGAAGUGUUCGCUAAAGACUCUGCUGCGACGGAGCCGGCUGACCGGCCCAAGACACCGGGAGCAGAGAUCAUCUCACCACCUUCACUACAAGAGCGGCCAAAGAAGGAGUCGAGACAGAAGGAGAACCCUGGAUUCCUCAGCUUGUUCAGAAGAAAGAAGAAAAACCCAGAGCAGGACGGAGCAGCGAGCGUCCCGGCCUCGCCUGCUGCCAACAAACCGAUGGCGCUCAGUAUGAAUGUGCAGGACGCCUCCUCCUCCAACACUGUGGACACGCCCAAGAAGAGGCGAGCCCCCCAGCCGCCUAUGAGUGUGUCGCUGAGUGUCCCCAACAACCUGAGCACGUGUCACCUCCGGGUGCCGCAGAUGUCUGCAGACUCGACCCUAAGGAGAACCAAGAGGAGGGCACCACCCCCGCCCUGUGCAGACUCCCACCAGGAGCAGCAGGCGGACACACAGCUCACAGGGCCGGUUGACCCUCUGAACACUCUGGAGGAGCUGAGAGAAAGCGACGAGUCCGACUCCUUAGACCUGUCACGUUCCUCGUCUCCGUCACCACACUCAUCUCGAACACUGCCCUCCUCCUCCUCCUCUCGACCAGCGUUUGAACCGUGUCUGCCUUCGUUUCGAGGGAAAGACUUUUCAGAAGCCCGCAGCGCUCUCGCCAAAGUCCUGUCAUCUUCUGUUUCCAAGGGAACGCUGGUCAAGCAUUGGAGGAAGUCUGCCAGCCUCCCGAAGAUUCACCGGAGCUCCUCCUCUCUGACUCAGAGGUUUACAGAUAACGGCCUUUUCCGCAUCGAGCUCGAGUCUGUUCUCAAGUCCAGGCUCCCCACUGAGCCCCAGUGGGAGGAUCCUCGGCAGAGGAAGGGGAUGACCACUUUCAAAGUCAUUCCACUGAACAAGCAGAAGUCCGAUGAACCAGAGACGCCUCCAGAUGUUUCAAACCAGCACCAGGUAAUGGUAGAAAAGGACCCUGAGAGCCAAGCUUCUCCUGAGGCUGAGAAUUAUCAAUCUGAGCAUGAGGAUAAUCCAUAUUCUCCUCACGGAUCAGACACUGGAACAUCUUUGCAGAGGCAGAAGCUCUCUUCUCAAGAGGAGUCUGACUCUCUAGAAUCUCCUCCACCUUCCCAGGAGGCCUCUGAUGCGCCAGACUCACCUUCUCAAGAGGCGUUUGAUGCUCCAGACUCUCCUCGACCUGCCAAGGAGGCCUCUGAGGCUCCAGACUCUCCUUCCGAAGAGGCGUCUGAGGCUCCAGAAUCUCCUCCACCUGCCCAGGAGCCAUUUGAUCCUCCAGAGUCUCCUCCACCUUCCCAAGAGCCAUCUGAGGCUCCAGACUCUCCUUCUCAAGAGGCGUCUGAUUCUCUAGAAUCUCCUCAACCUGCCCAGGAGGCAUCUGAUGCUCCAGACUCACCUUCUCAAGAGGCGUCUGAUGCUCCAAACUCUCCUCCACCUUCCCAGGAGGCCUCUGAGGCUCCAGACUCUCCUUUUGAAGAGGCGUCUGAUGCUCCAGACUCUCCUCCACCUUCCCAGGAGCCAUCUGAGGCUCCAGACUCACCUUCUACAGAGGCGUCUGAGGCUCCAGACUCUCCUUCACCUGCCCAGGAGGCAUCUGACGCUCUAGACUCUCCUUCUCAAGUGGUGUCUGAUGCUCCAGACUCUCCUCUACCUUCCCGGGAGCCCUCUGAGGCUCCAGACUCACCUUCUCAAAAGGCGUUUGACGCUCUAGAAUCUCCUCCACCUGCCCAGGAGCCAUCUGAGGCUCCAGACUUUCCUCCCCCUUCCCAGGAGGCAUCUAAUCCUCCAGACUCUUCUUCUCCUAACCAGGAUCUCUCUGGUGCUCCAAACUCUCCUCCACCUUCCAAGGAGCCAUCUGAGGCUCCAGACUCACCUCCAUCUGCCCAGGAGGCAUCUGAGGCUCCAGACUCACCUCCAUCUGCCCAGGAGCCAUCUGAGGCUCCAGACUCUCCUCCCCCUUCCCAGGAGGCAUCUGAUCCUCCAGACUCUCCUUUACCUAGCCAGGAUCUGUCUGGUGCUCCAAACUCUCCUCCAUCCGACCAGGAGGUGUCUGACACUCCAGACUCUCCUCCACUUCCUCCAGAUUUAGUCGAUCAGAAACGUACAGUCUCACCUCUUUCUGAGGUUGAGGGCAACGAUAACAGGCCGACGGAGGGAGAGGAGGAAGAACCUGAAGUUGUAUCCGAGGUGACUGCAGCUACAGAGUCAAUCACACUUGCCAGUGACUGUCAGAUAAACUCAAACGAUGAGGCUGAAGAUCUUCAGAGUCCUGGUCAAGGGUCUGUGAGUGAGGGCGUGGACCAGAGGAUCUCAUGCAAGGAUGAGACUGAAGAGGAGGACGCGUUUCCUCCUCCACCUCCCCCCGUCUUCUUUAAUGAAGACCUAGAAGCUCUUGCAGAAGAGCAAGAAGACGCUUUCACUUCUUCUCCUUCCCAACCAUCAAGUCCUGCCUGCAACGGAGAGACCAACGCGUUCAGCGAGGACCAUCGAGACGUCUCAGGUGCACCAGAGCCUUUGGAUAAGAUGAGCGCAGCUCCAUCCAGAUUUGCUCAAGCGGUGGCGUUGGCGGUGCAGAUGUCUCACCUGCAGAGUCACGGGAAAACUCUCGACUUUCAGGAUCCCAGUGGCCAGCACAGUGCACUCCCCUCAGCACCCAGUUCCACGUACCAGUACGGUGCCUGAUGAUCUUCCUCACUCAUCUUCCUCAUCCACUCUCAGUUUUCUGACGAGUAGCAACUGACUUCUGAUGUGUGUUUUUUAUUUCUCUUUGUGCAAGACGCCAUGUUGUGUUGUGUUGUGUUGAUUUUAUUUUGGACUUUACGUUCAGAGGUUGGACGUAAACAUGUAGCUGUGAAGGCCAAAUGUACAGGACACGAGUUUGUUGAUCCCACAGCGUCCUGUGUUUUUCUUUUUACUUUCUUUUUAAAUGUUCUUUCAACAUGUGCCAAGGACGGACAUACAACUGACGUCAGAACUCCGUGUGUAAAACAAAAGCAGUGAUAUGAUUGUAAUUAUUGUGCUGGGAUUCAUUAAUUUCUCCCUCAGGAUGUAGAUAAUUUUUUUUAUGCUCUCACACAUGCAGUAAACCUCAUGAAGUCGAAUCCAGGCUGGUUUUGUUUUUGGCCACACGGUGGCAGUAGAGCAUCAUUAAACAGGUGGUGAUCUAUUUGAGGUAUUUCUUUUAUCUGAUAAAUUCUUGUAGAUGCAUCACAUGUGGCAUAUUCGUUAUUGUUUCAUAUAUAGUAUUAGUGACUAUGUUUUUUAUUUACUAUAAAGGAGUCGUGAAUUAAAUUAUACAAAAUAUUAA